AUGAAGGUAAGUAAUUUGUGCUGUACACACUAUUAUUAUAUAUAUUAGUAUAAAAUAAUUUUAAACAUAAUUACAUACAACUAAUCACUGGAAUUAAAUGCACUUAAAACCCACAAAAAACUCUUCAAAAAUGCCCCUCUAACAUCUCUAAUUUAUUAAAUAAAUUAGAGCUUUUAGAGUGGGAUUUUUGUAACCCCUCUACCAUUUUUACUUGUUAAUUAUUUUUUAAAGCUGUAAUAAACGCCUCAAGAACCACACUAAGUGUAAAAAGAAAAAUACCUAGUCAGGAAUGGAUUACCCCAAAUAUCUUAGACCUAAUUGAGGAAAGACGAAAAUACAAACACCAGACUGACAUAGAAGGACAACUAAAAUACCGAAGCAUAAGAAACUGUAUAAACAGAGAAUCAAAAAAAGCAAAAGAAGAAUGGCUAGAGCAACAAUGUGCUGAAAUAAACCAUCUUUUUGGAACAAGUAGACUAGAUCAAGCCUAUGGAACCAUUAAAAGUUUCCUCAAAACAAAUAAAACUCGCAAUAAUAAUAUUAAAGACAAGAAUGGGAAAUUGCUCUUGGAAACAAGAGAGGUGGUAAACCGAUGGAGAGAGUACCUGGAAAAACUAUAUCAAGGGGAUGAGUUACAAGAUAUCAAUGAAGAAACUGAUGAGUGCUCUUAUGGUGCACCGCUACUAAGAAGUGAAUUCAAUGCCAGUCUUAGAGAUCUGAAAAAUAAAAAAGCCCCGGGUAUAGAUGAAAUCUCCGGAGAACUACUACAAAACGCUAAUGAAAGCAUAAUAGACGUGAUGUACUAUCUUAUGAAAGAUAUAUAUGAAACAGGAGUAAUACCGAAGGACUUUUGCAACAGCAGAAUUGUAACAUUACCAAAAAAGAAUAAAGCUGACUCAUGUACAGAUUUUAGAACUCUGAGCUUACUCCCCCACGCCUCAAAGAUACUCAUAAAAAUUAUAUAUCGAAGAUUUAAUAAAGCCAACCAAUAUCUUGGAAAUGAUCUGUAUGGAUUCUGAAAACAAAAGGGAACUAGAGAGGCAAUUUUAGGACUUCGGAUCUUAAUAGAAAAACCAAUAUCUCGAAAUAAAAUAACAUGCUUAUCAUUUAUAGAUAUCGAAAAAGCUUUUGACAACNUAGUGCGGAAAUACGUAGAGGUGUAAGACAAGGGUGUCCACUUUCACCAUUAUUAUUCAACUGCUACAUAGAAAAAAGUAUUAUGGAAGUUAAAGAUAAACUUAACAGGCUUUGGAUUGGAAUCAAAGUGGGUGGUAUAUUAAUUCCAAUGAUCCGGUUUGCAGACGACAUCGUAAUACUAGCAGAAACAGAGCACGACCUUCAGAGAACUCUGGAAGAAAUGCAAAUAAUUAUAAAUAAGUAUCAAAUGCGUAUAAAUUCAAGUAAAACAAAAAUUUUAAUUUGUGCUCAUGAACCCACAAUUAACGCAAAUAUUUAUGUAGAAAACCAACUUAUUUCCCAAGUUUCUAGUUUUAAAUACUUGGGAAGUCUAAUAACAUCAGAUGGAAGAAGUUCACAGGAAAUUAAACAAAGAAUCGGGCAAGCAAAAACAACUUUUAUCAAGAAAAAGAAAAUUUUGGUUACGAAAAAAAUUAGCAAAGCAAUAAAAAAGACUUUUUUAAAAACGUUUGUAUGGAGUGUCGCUUUAUACGGCUGCGAGACAUGGGUUAUUAAUGAAAAGGAAAAAAGAUCCCUGGAAGCAUUUGAAAUGUGGUGUUGGAGAUGAAUAGAAAAAAUAAACUGGACAGAAAGAGUAACAAAUGAAGAUGUAUUGACCCAAGUUGGAGAAACAAGAUCCUUAAUUAAAGCCAUAAAGCGAUGACGAUGGGACAUGAUGGGACACGUUUUACGUCAUGACGAAGAAUUGCAUCAUACUAUAAUAGAAGGUGCAAUUGAAGGACGGAAACCACUAGGAAGACCAAGAAACUCGUACAUAUCUCAACUGAAAAAUGACGUAGGGUUUGAUACACACGCCAGAUUAAAAAGACUUGCUGAAGAUCGUGAUAAGUGGAAAAUAUUAGCGAAGUUAAAAACGUUGUAAACCAACCUAAUAUAGGUUGAAAAAAAAUAUAUAUUUUUUAAAGCUUUCUUAGGAUUUUUUUACAUUGUGCAUUUAAAUACGGUCUCCACUUGUAAAAUUAUAGUAAGUACUCAUACAUGCACAAUUUUUAAGUUUGUUUUUAUGAUUUUGAAUAUUUUUUGAUUAUUCAAUUCUAAAUUAAUUACCGAGGUGAUCGAACUCUGGCUUUUAGAUGAUGGGAAAAAUACCAAAAUGUUGAAUAACAUUUGUUCUAGUACCCAUCCAAACAAAUUUAACCAAUUUUAAAUUUUUAAAUUUUUCACCUAUUUUUCGAUAACACUAUGGAUUUUAGAUAUUGUAAAAAUUUUUUGCUUAUUACUAUUGUAUUCGGCCCACGAGAUUUAAAAAUAAUAAUAGGCCUGCCUGAUUUAACCUAUUUAGUAAGUAAAAUAUAUAAGAAUAGUUGCUAAAAGAGUACCAAAUAGUGUCUACAAAUAGAAAUUCUAAUAAAUGAACUAUGUUUUAGGUAAAUUUUUUAAUACAAAAUUUCUUUAGCAUUUUUCAAUACUAAACUAAAAACAUUGAAGCUAUUUUAAUUUGAUUCAUUCUGUAUAUUUUGAAAUCACUAUAACAUUAUUAACCUAACAAAAAUCAAAAUAACAACUAUCUUAUCAAAUCAUUUCUUCCCCCUCCACCCGAUUUCUAAAUUUGUCUGUUUCCGAGUUGUUUCCUCAACUGUCAUGCUUAUAAGUUAGGUAAGUUAACUUUUAUGUAUGUAUUUAUUAUUUACAACUCAUAUGCUAAAAAUACAGUAGAAAUCUAUUUAUUUAUGAAAUUAAUAAAAGUAUUAAAUUAAUAUUGUAUAUUUUAUAAUCAUACACAUAGUUAUUAUUGAAGUAUAUUGUAAUAGUUACCUAUCUAUAACACUCUAGGCUAAGUUUCAUUAUUUUUUAUUCAUAUCUAUUUUAUUGUUUAAUUUUUUAAGUAUUAGUCACUAAAAUAAUUUCUAUUUUUUUCUGAUGUAUUUAUAUAUAUAAUGUAUAGUUUUUUAUAUUUUUACCCAUAUAUCUAAUAUAUUUUUGCAGGUGUUGGUUCUUUAUGAUUUUGUGGGUGAACCUGGCUCAUCUGAAUUAUCAGUCACAGCAGGCGAGACACUAGUGGUAAGCCGUUUAGAUGUUGGUGAAGGCUGGUGGGAGGGAACAAAUUCAGUGGGGCACACAGGCUUGUUUCCAGCUGCUUAUGUUGAGGUACGUUUUCUUCAUACUUUUACUAUCAUACCUUUUUAAUUACUAGAAAAUGGAUUUAUAUUUAAUUGAAAUCCACAGAAGAUUGCUUGAAUCAAAAAUGUCCUUAAAAAAAAAAAUGGGAGAAGGGUUUAAAAUUCCCCUCUAAUAGCUUUGACUUAUUAAAAAUAAAAUGACAAUAUUAUAUAAAAAAAAAACUUGAUGAUUAAUGUUAGGCGAUUUUAUUGAUUAUAGUAUAGUUGAAAUCCUUUUACCACUUGUUUUUUGAAGUGGAUUCUAACUGUAUUUAAAUCUGUUUCCUAAUAAUUUUCUUAUUUAACAUGUUUUCUUUACAUAUAUUUCGAUUUUUAACAGGAAAUCAGUGGUGAAUUUGUUCAAGCAGAUGAAGGUAAACCACCACCAGCUGUACCGCCCCCACCUUUACCACGAGCAGAUUUAUGGAAUGCCAAUGACCGACAAAGCGAAUAUUAUUCGCAAGUUCCUGGUAGCCAAUAUCAACAACAAAAUCCUCGUCAGCAGGCUAGUACUAAAUUAAAACAAAAAUUGAUAAUGUAUCUUAUAUAAACUAUAAUAUGUUAAUUGCCAUGGAACAUGUAUAGUUUAGUAAACUCUCAUGGUAUACUUGCUAUUAUGUUGGCUGGCAUUAUUGUGUGUAAUUAUAUACCAGAUAAUUUUGCUUCGAAAGUGUAAUUAAGGAUAUGUGAAGUUGGGGGAAGGAGAACCAUAGAAAUGAAAUUUAGCACUGUAUAUGGGUUAUUUAUGAUAGGGGAAGGGCAUACAACUAUAGUGGUUCAGAUGAAAUAAAAAUAAAAAUAUUAUACAUGGUGAGAAAUUUUUUAUUGCAGAGACAAAUCUGGGAUAAAUAGUUAGUUUUCUUGUAAGCCCAAAAACAUAACUAUGAUUCUAUGUUAAUCUAUGCAACAAAGAUAAUUUUUAUAUUCACAUUUAUAAAAAUAAUUUGUUCAUUGACUAUAUUCAGUACCGAAUUGAGUUUGCUAUUAUUUUAUAAGAUUUAGUUAAUAUUUUAAAACCAAUGUGUCUUUGGUAUCAAAUAUCCAAAUAUGAUUGGGGUGCAUACAUAAUUAUUGCUUGUAUUAUCGACUUUUAUGUUAUAGUAUGGCAAAACAUCAUUGUUAUAGUUCAAUUAAAAUUAAUAAUACCAACAAUAUUUGGUUUAAAAACAAAAAAAAAAAAAAAUAAGCUUACUAAAGAAAAUCAAAUAUUUUCAUUAUAAUAUAAAAUUCAAAGUAAACAAAUUGUUCAGUUUAAUAAAGUAAUUCAUAAGUAAAGUUUAGAUUUUAUUUAUUCAACUAGGCCAGUCAGUCAAUACGAAUAAUUAGGAAAUAGCCAAAAAAAAAUCCUCUAAUAAGAUUUGUUAAAUUUGGAUAUGUACUUCAUCAUAUUUAUGUUCCCUUAGAUUAGACUGGAAUUAUUUUUAAAUUUUCAAAUUUCAGGUAAUUUUGGGUGGUUUAGAAAUAUUUUUAAAAAUAUUUUGCUUAAAUAAAAAAAAAUUUUAAUUGAAAUAUGUUUUUUUUAAAAAAUUUAAAGUAGUAUUAUAUAGUUAUUAAUAUUGAGUAAAUAAUUUAAAUAUAACAAUAAUUUGAGUUUAUAAGAAACCUAACAUAAAUAUGGGUUUCUAAAUUUUUGAAAAAAUAUUAUGCCAUGGUCUGUGACAGUAUGUCGAUCACUUACCAGCAGUCUUAAUAAAAAUGCUAACUAAAAUACAAUUAACCAAACCUAUUAUUAAGGUACUUCAUACUUAUUUGAUGGCUAUAAAUUAUAAUAUAUUUUAAUAUUUAUCAUAAUUAUAGCAUAAAAAAUUUAUGAUAACAUUAUCAUGUACCAUGUGAUUUAUUUAAGUAGGUACACUCAAAAUCUCGGAAAGUAUUAAUUUUUAGUGGAAUCUGUUUUAUAGAAAAUUUAAGAAACAAGCAAACCUUACAAUUUUACAUUUUUAUUAUAUCAACAUUAAUUUUUGGAGAUGACAUGACUACAUACUUUUGAUUUUCAAAUAGCAACCUUUUAUUCAAAAUUCCACAAAUAAAAGGAAUAUUAGUUAAAAUACAUUUUGGGAUUGGAAUUUUUAAUGUCCAUUAAUCUAUUGAUUAUUAAUAAUUUUAUGAUAUUCCACUACUCUCCUCCAACCCAAAUUUAAAAGUGAAAUAUCUUUGUAAGGAUUAAUGGACAUUAAAAAUGUCAACUCAAUAAUUUAUUUUAACUAAUACCCCAUCUAUUUAUGGAAUUUUUAAUAUAGGUUGCAAUUUUAGAAUAUUGUGUAACAAAUAUGUUUUGUUUUAUGCAAUAUUUUUUAAAAUCUUGGCAAGAUACAUUUUUAAACAUAGCAAAAUUUGAAGAACUUUAAAAUAAAUCCAGCCCAAACCAUAGAGGCUUUUAGUAUUAUAAAGAACAAAUUCUAACUUAGCUUUUUUUAAAAUUAUGGAACUCUACAAUUAUCUUGUUCUUUAAAAGAUUUGUUUUAUUUACUUUAAAUUUAGGUUCUCUUUAAUAUAUUAUACUAGUAUAUUAUAUUUUUUCUAGGAACAGUGUACUGAAAAUCCUGAUAGUACUGAAAAUACUGAAACAUUAGCAACAUUGGUAAUCUAUUAUGAUAUGUAUUGCACUGGGACUUUUGAGUGUUUUUUUGUUUUGUUUUAAUUUGAUUAAAUAUAUAACUAGCUCUAAAUUAAAAAUUUGAUAGUGUUGCUAAGUUUGUGACUGUUAGAAGAAAUGAAAGUUAGAAGUUAAGAUAUUUAAAAAAGUAAUUUAAUUUAUAAUUUGAAAAAUGAUUCCGAACAAAAUUCUGUUCAACAUGUUUUGAAAUGCUAUGAAUUACAAUUUUUGACAACAUUUUAAUUUAAAUGUUACAAAAAAAAAAAAAAAUACUAUACAAUACACAAUUUUUAUUUUAAGUAGACUAUGUAUAAAUUAUGAUUAAUUUCAUGUUGUAUUUUUAUUGGGAAAAAAUAAUUGUAUUUACAGAAACUAAAAAUAAUAUAAACAUUUUUAAAAUUGACAAAAUAUGUUGAACAUUAUACCACUUAGAAUGGGCUAAAUAGGUGAUAACUUUAAAUCUACACCAUCCCAGUAGUAUAUGUGGUGACUACAACUACUUUUUUAUAAAAAAAAUAUCAUUACCAAUCAUAAUUAUAAUCAUACCUUAAAAUCAUUCCCACAUCAGUUUUUUACAUAUGUGUUUAGAACCAUCAUUUUUAAUUUGUAAUAUGGCUCAAAAAAUAAUUUUUAACAACAUAUACUCGGAGUAUUUUAUUUUAAAAAAAAGCUGAAGAUGAUUAAAUUAAAUAAAUAAUCAGAUAACCAAUAAUUGUAUUUAUGAUCUAUGUAAUUAUUGUUAAAAUUGUUUUAGUGAUAUAAUAUAUACAAGUUCCAAAUAAUCAAUAAUAUAUAGGCAGUUACCAUAAAAAAAAAUAUGAUGAAUAACUUUUUUAUUAUAACAAAUCAAAAAAGAAAACCGGUUAUUCCAUAAUUUUCAAUGAAAAUAUUUUAAGGAUUUUUUGAAAGCUUAUUAUGGGAACAUUUUUUCCUGAUGACAACAAAAUUCAAGAGUUUUUUGUCUCAGUCUAUAGCAGUUUUAUUUUAUUUUAAGGCUAGUUAAAGAACCUAUUACAAACAAGUUAUCUUUAUGAGUUAGCUACUACAACAAUAACACCUGAUAAAAAAUGGGCCAUUACUUUGUUGUAAUACUUUAUAAUUUUUAGGCAAGACUCAAUUUGAAAUUAAUUUUAUUUUGUAGUCCUUGCACAUAUUAUCUCCAUGCACUCAUAUAGAUAACAAUUUCAAAUUAAGUCCAAGUAUAAAACAAAUAUAUAAAAUUAUUAAGUUAUUAAAAAAGUAUAUAAUAUUAAUUAGAAGAAAAAUGUUUGUUUUUAGGUUUUUAUUUUUUUGUUUUUAAGUGUUAAAUAAAAUUGAUCAGAAUUUUAUUCUCUGAGAUAAAUAAAAAAUGUAAGAAAAUUACACAUCAUAUUAAACCUGGUUAGUUGUUAACCAAUAACAAGGCCAUUAAGUAUUGAUAAGACAACAUAUUGAUAGGACACUCUUAUUUACUAUCUUUUGUCAAGUUUUAUUACCCCAUUAUUUUUGCAAAAUUAUUUAAACCUAUUUUGUAGGUAAUAUUUUCAAAUUAUAAUAUAUUAUGGAUUACUUAUUAUAAAUUAUUACAUGUCAUAAAUUUUCCUACUACUAGAAAAAUCAAAAAAUUACCUAAGUUUAGAUUAGAUUAAAGUACCUUCCCACUUAGAUUUCCUUUUUGAAAAAAUGCUAUCAUUGAAAAUCAAAUUAAAAUUCCUCCCUUCACUCAGAAUCUAAAAAAUUAACAUCAUUGUAAAAAUAUGCAAAGAAAGAAAUUAAAAUAAAAACUAAAGUUCUGAUCUUAUUAGUAUUUUUUUGAUUAAUCUAUAUUUAUUUUGCAAGCAAAACUAUUUGACUUACCUAGAUAUUAUUCUCAUUUAAAAUUGAUAAAACAAUUUUGAAAUUAUAAAAGGCUAUAUGAGAUAUACUGAGUAGAGAAUUCAAAAAAUUCAAGCUAUUGUUUAGAACAUUUAGUUGGAACACCAGGAUGAUUGAUACAACAGAUGAGAUAAAGGGGUCCUCACUACAAAUACAAACUUUUGGUACAAAUAUUAUUAAUAAUAUAGAUAAAAAAAUACCCUUUUCAUUAGUAGAUAGUAGUAUAAUAGUAGGGAUACAAAUUUGCUUGGGGAUAUGUAUUAUAACUAAGAUUUAUUAAAAUUAAGUAGAAACUUUGAGUAGGUAUUGAAAAAAAAAAAAUUUAAAAGUCUUAUUAAAUUUAUGCAUGUAAAAUAAGCUAACAAUAUGUAAUAAAAUAAUAUUAUAAACAAACUGUGAUAAACUGUUUUAAAAAAAAAUACAAAUUAUAUAGUAUUAUUAAUAAAAAAAAAAAAAUGAAUGUUAGUAUUAUCACACAAUGAACACACAAACUCACAAGAAUAAUAACAAAAAUACGAUUUUAUUAUUUGUCUGUUUAUACUAGUUAUAUGAUAAAUUUAUUAAAAAAUCCAUUUAAUUUGUGAAAACAUAAAUAUGUACUUUUGAGUAGUAAUAAAUUAUAAUUUUCGACUUUAUAACUAAUAAAGUUUUUGUCUAUUAUAUUUACACUAAUUAUACAAUCUAUAUGAUAAAAAAAACAAUUUAUUUUUAAUACAAUUAUAUUGUGCCUACGUUGUCUACAUUCUUUUGUAUUCAAAUGUUUAAAAUGUGUUUUGUGUUUAUUUAAUUUCUCAUUAACAUUCAUAUCAAAUAUGAAAUAUUUCAUACUUGAUAAUUAAUUCUAAAUAUCUACUAUAAUAUGAAUGAGUCAUAAUGGGAAUUUAAGGAAGUAAGUAAGUAAAUAUAAAUAAAACAUGUUAUAAAUUUCCCCUAAAACUUAUCACUCUGUGUUCCCUCAAUAAGAAAUAUUUUCUACUGAUAAUGGUUUUAUCCUUAUUUAUUUAUGUAUGAGCUUUUGAUAUCAUGUGUGUUUUUAGGCUUAGUUUGCUAUUUAAAUAAUGGUUUCAUUGUGCUUAUGCUACUAUAUCGCAAAAAAUAAUAAUAAUAAUAAAACGCUUUUUUAUAGAUGCACUAGUGUUUAUGGAAGCAAUUCAAAUAUUUAGAGCAUAUUAUGAUCAUGUUGCUGAAUAAUACUUUGUUUUUUAGUUAAUCAAAUUUCUGGUCACAUAAUACUACCAAUUUCUAAUUUUCCUGGUUAUUAAAAUGAUACAAAACACUAGAGAUAUGUGUAAAUAAUAUGAAACAUAGAUUUUGUAAGCAUUGAAUAUAUGACAGUCCUAAGUUGGCAAUUUGUCUUAAUCGGUGGCAUGGUGACCAUUUUAAUUGGUUGGCCCAAUUUUCUUUUAUAUGAUACCCACCACUCUUAUUAUAUAUUAACCAGAUGAUUUUUUUUGCCCUUAUGCUUUACAAUAAUGUCUACAAUUUACACUGUCUAGAAGUUACUUACAGUAGAUACCCUUUAAAAUGACACCAAUUGUGACAUUUCAGGUGUAAUAAGCUUAGAUUGUCCUGGAAAACUCCUAUAUUGUAUGGAAUAAUUUGUAUCAAUUAUUAUGAUGUUUGUAUAAUUACUAAAGGGAUAUCAUACCUAUUAUUUUUGGAUAUAUUGUAUAAAACUGGUAUCUAUAUCGAUUGUAUUACACUUUUAUGAAAGGUAAUUUAACAGCUAAUAACUGUGUUUUGUGUAUAAUUGGUGCAUUGAAUUGUAACAAAAUGAACAAAGAAAUUCACAAUUGAUGAAAAACAAAUGUUAUUUUCCGUAAUUUUAAAAUAGUAAAAUAACUUUUUUCUCUACCUAUUGAAAUCCCAAUUUAGUGGCAAAAAUAUAACACAUUGAUUGUAAUACAAUAUUAUGUUUUUGUAAAUACAUAUACUUUUAUUAUAUACAAUCAAGUUUUUAAAUUGUAUUUUUUCAUUUUGGUUAAGUCUUAUCAGUACUAUGAUUAUUUUUAACUAGUUCCUUGAAUGUCAUUAUCGAUGGUUUCUAUUGUAUAUUAUACAAACAAUUGUAGUCCAGUACAAAUUAAACUUAAGCUCUAAAUAAAAAGUUUUAAAUAUUUUUAUAAAUAUAUAAAUUCAUAAAUCAAUUUUUAUUAAUAAAUUAUUCAGUUUUUAUUUGAGUAAACAGGUGUUUUAAUUUGAAGAAUACCAUUUUAUUGCCUGUAUACAGUUAACAAUUGCAAUUGUGUAAAAAUAUUCAAUUAUUGUACAUUAUAUACUAGUAUUAAACUAACAUUUCUACAUUGAAACAAAUAAUUAAAUAACAAUCAACUUUUGCAUCCAACUGAAAGUUGGGAUCCACUUAUCUUACAACUACUACCACCCAAAAUAUGGUCCUUAAAAACAUGACAUUGGUCUUAACUUCAAUUUAUUAUCAAACAUUUAUUAUUAUUGGUGUUUGAUUUUUUUUUUUUUUUUAUAUAUAUAUAUAUGAAAGGGCAUUAAAAUAUUUAUUUAAUGUUUAACAUUUUGUAAAAUUAAAAGGGAUGUUCUAGUCUCUGAAGUAUUUUAAAUAAGUAAUUUUUCUAUGCAUAAAAUCAAAUUUACUUUUAUACUGUGUAGUUUAAUUAAUUGUAUUAUUUAAGUCAUUGACAAUUAAAUUAUGAUGUAAAAUUAUCUGAUUGAGUUGAUCAUUAUAUAUUAUUAAUUUUUUUAUUUUUACAGUCACCUGAUGAUUUAUAUGAUGAUGAGUGGGAUGAUGAUUCUGAAUGUGGCGGUAGUAGUACAGUGCAAUCAACUGCUGCAAUGCCUGUGGCAACCCAGUAUCCUGUAGUAGGAGCAAAAACAACAACAGUGAUGAAAACAUCUGGUAUCUAUAAAUGCUGAAUUAUCUAAAUGUCUAUUUAAUAAUGUUAGCUAGAUUUCAACUUGCAAUUUAACAUAUUACAAAAUUCCUUGAUGAAUGAUUUUGAUUGAUUGAAUUGAUCAAUUAUUAUUUAUUAACUUUUAAUAUUUCAUUUUCAUUGUGGUUUAUAAAUAGUCAUUCAGGACUAGAAAAUAGGCCAAUGUCAUUAUUUUCAUAAAAUAUUAAUUAUGAGUCAGUUGACAUCCUGACUAGUUAAUAAAUGAAUAUUUGGUUAAAAUGUAGUUGAAUACUAUUUUAAUUAUAUAGAUUGGUAGGUAGGUAGAUAAAUAAGAUAAAGUAAUAUAUAAUUUCAACUUUAUUAUUCCAUACAUGUUUAUGUAUUAAUUAAUACCACAUAAUUAAUAUAAUAAUAUAAAAUAUAAAAAAAAAAUAACUAUUGAAAUAAAAUAAUGUACAUAUUUUAAUAAGAUGUAUCUUUUUCUGUAUAAAUACAAGCCCCUUCUUCAAUAAGAAUUGAGUUUUCAAUUAAUUUAAAAUAGUUUUCAUAGAAUGAAGAGAAAUGAAAAAAUGACAUUUUGAAGAUAUUUAUAUAGAAUAUAGUUUUAUAUGGAUGUGAGACCUAGACAAUAUCAAUAGAUGAGCCAAAAUGAUUGGAAGCAUUUGAAAUGUGUAAUAUUACAAGGAUGUUGAAAAUAAGUUGAAUAGACAAAAUAAUUAAUAAGGAGAUUUUUAAAAUAAUGAAGGACUAUGAAAAGAACUAUAUUAUGAAAAAGUAUAGUAAAAAGACUGAGUGAAUGGAUAGGACAUAUUAUUCAGCAUAAAGGAUUACUAAAACUAUUUAUAGAAGGAAGUAUGGAAGGAAAUAAUAAAGAAGACCUUGAUUAGUCAAACUACUAGUAAGGGACUAAGAACGAUAUUCUUAUGUGCAAAAGAAAUGGCGAGCAGAUAAAUGAGAAAAGUGGUCAUUUUCAAAUCAAUCUUGAAUUAAAACCAUAGAGAGAGUGAAUAAAGCAGUUUUUGGUACUGGAAAAAAAAAUCAUAUACAACAUAUUUGCUCCAAUUUACAAUGAUUAUUUUACCAUAAUUUGAUAUAUAUAUUAUUGUCAAUGCAACACUGUCAACUGGACUCUGCUUAGAUUCAUUUUUCUUUAGCAAUAGUUAAUCAUUACUUUCUUAGAGAUAUACAUUGAAUUCCCAUCUAUAUACUACCUUCCCAAUUUCCCACCUACAACAGUGGCUGCACCCAUCCACAUUAUCCUAGGACAGCUUUUUUUUUUUUUUUUUUAAAUAAUUUAAAGUAAAGAUAAUCAUUGUUAUAGUUUAUCAAAAUACCAUUUGUUUUUUUUGUAUACCAAUAUUUUUUGUUCAGUCAGUUUAUCAACAAGUAUGAAGUGAUAUUUAUAACUUUUUAUUUAAAAAAAAUUCAGCAUUUAAAAUCUUAACUCUUGUAAAAAAAAUUUUAACAUUGCACUUAUUUCUUUAUAUUACCAGUAAGAUAAAUUUAAGAAAAAAUAACCUUGCAUUCAAUAUUGAGCUUUUAGGUAUUUCAAUAUAAAAGUUAUGAAUUUUUAAUUUUAUACAAUCUUCAAAUGUUUGUAAUUUUGACUAAUUUUGCUAAAAUGUGUUGUUCCAACAAAAAUAAAAAAAUUAAUAGGUAUAGACAUACUUCAUAUAAUUGGUAGGCCACUAUUGUAGGUGAGAAAUCAGGAAGGUAGAGUGGAAAUUUAAUGUAUACCUAUACUCAAUAAUUAAUUAUUGCCAACGAAAAAUGAUUCUGAGCAGAGUUCAGUAAUGCAUGUUUUAAAAAGCCAAAAUAUUAUGAUUUGAAAAUAAUAAAUUUUGUAAAUUUUCCCUUUUUCCCGUGUAUAAUGAAAACCUCUAAAAAAAAUAAAAAAAUAACCUCUUUAAAGUACCACCCCAGUUAAACUUCCUUUCAUAAAAGAUGCUACACUUGAAGAUCGGAACAAAAUUUAUAGUAAAAAAAAAAAUAAACAUUAUCACACAAAAUAGUCUAAAUAACCCACCUAAAUCCACCAUAUUUGUCCCAGUGAAGCUAUACCUAAUUGUAUUAUUUUAUUCAUUAUUUUACUGUGAGCCUACUCCACAAAGGAGAAAACAUAAUUUACUAAUUAAUUGUGUAUAAAAUAAGUAAAUGAUGGCAUCAGUGGAUGUAUUAUGAAAACAGAUCCCUACUGUUAGUGAAUUAUAAAAAAAAAAGUGUACAAGAUUAUAUAGCUAGUAUUGACAUAUAGGUAUAAUACAAGGUUUAUAGAACAUCUAUAGAUUAAAAUUUAUAAACCUUGGGUAUAAUAUAAUAACUAUUAUAGGCAUGUACAGAAUUGAAGUUUGGAGCAUAACCUUAUUUAUAUAUACAGAAUAUACCGGAACAAAUCUAGUUUACAACCAAAGUUCAUUUUUCAAACUUUUUUUUUCAAAAUGUGUGUUUUUGCCUAUAUAUUAUGAAUCUAAAAAAACAAAAAUUAGUUGAACUUCAUUUGGAAAUUAUGAGAGAAAACUUAAUGAAAUUCAGGUUUUCCAUUUUGCGGAUUUGUUAGUGAGAAUUUAACAUUUUAAAAUUUUCUUAUUUUUUUUUUUGAUUUUUUAUGCUUAAUCCAUUGGUAUAAUAAUUAAAACUUACCUAUCAUUCUUAGUUUUGAAGUUAUUGUACAUUAACCUUGAAAAAUAGCAUUUUGGGUACAUCUAGGGACCUAGUGGAGUCACUAGGGUUUGAAUGUAUGCAACUUUAAAUUUAAGCCAUAGAUUUAUUCUAACUUCUAUAAAAAACUUUGUUAUCAAAAUAUCAAUAACUACAAAUUAUAAUAAUUUAAAAAAUGAGCUUGGGUGGUAAACUAGAUUUAUAUCUAUAUAAUUACUAUAAAAUAUAAUAUAUUUGAAUAGGUGUAUAUUAUUUAUAAAUUAUACCAAGCACUAGUCACCUAUAUACAUCUGUAUAUUAUAAUUAGGGUUCGGAUUAUAAUGCAAAUUUCAUAUUUUUCUAAAUAUCCUAAAGCAAUGUUUUCCAAGCACAAAAGACUUAAUACUCUUUACAUACGCUUAAUCUUUAUAGUCUUGAUAGUGUGCCCUCUAUUAUCUUAAAAAAAAUGCAAAAAUGUUAUUAAAUAUAAACCGAUUUCUAAAUUAUCUAUUAUCUCAAAACUAUUUGAGUCUAUUAUUACUAAAAAAAACUAUCUAUAUUAUUGUCUAAUUAUAUUUCUCCUAACCAACAUGGGUUUUGACCUAAACAAUUUGUUUUUACGAAUUUACUCACUUAUACUGAUUUAAUUUCCUCUAUUGAAAAUGACUUUCAAAUUGAUACAAUGUAUACAACUAUAUCAGUAGUUUUUAAUACAGUAAACCAUGACAUGUUUAUAAUCAAGUUACAAAAAUUUGGACUGCACAGUAAUUUUGUUAAUUGGUUAAAUUCCUAUCUUAUUAAUAGAAACCAGUCAGUUAAAUUGUCACGUUCAAUUUCAAAAUUUAGAAAAUUUAUUAUCAGUAAAUAUUUAUAAAUGCAAUGUUAUUUCUUUCACAAAAAAAAAUAUUUCUUAGUUUUUAAUUAUAAAAUUAAUAAUAUUUUCAUUAAUCGAGUGGAUUCAGUCAGAGAUUUGGGUAUUCUAUUUUUUUGUAAUUUAUCUUUCUCUUUUAGUUUUAAUUAAAUUAGACAUUUUAAAUGCUAGGUUUCAUAUUAAGAAGAACCAAAGAAUUUAAAAAUGUUCAUGCAUAAAAACACUCUAUUGCUCCCUUGUUAGGUCUAACUUAGAAUUUGGUUUAUUCAUAUGCAGUCAAAAUUUCACUGAUAAACUUAUUGACAAUGUUCAAUAUAAUUUCUUAAAGUUAAUUGCCUUCCAUUUAAAUUUACCUAUUUCCAGAGAUUCAAUGUCAUUAGUAGUAGAUUCUAUUUAUAUUCAGCAAUGUGUGGUUAGACUAAGCUAGGUUAUUUGUCCAAGAUCUUCUCAAUAAUAAUAUUGAUUGUCCUGAUUUAUUUUUAAAAUCAGUAUUUGUAUUCAUUAAUACUGGAUUAGAAAUACAAAUUAAAUUUUUGUUCUUUUUUUUAAAAAAACAAAUUUGUGCACAGAUUCUUUUUUCCCGAUAGUGUUUUUACUUUGUAAUCUAAUUUGUACCAAUGUUGAUUUUUAAGAAUGCUUUAGGUCAAAAGCUUUAAUUAUUUUUUCAAACUAAAACUUACUUACUUUUAUAUUUUUGUAUUACAUUACCUUGUCAAUAUCUUUCAUUCAUUUAUAAUAUUACUGUAUGUAUUUUUCUUUCCCCUUUUUAUUCUUUUUUUUUUGUUGUUCUUGAUGUUAUCAUUGUUUAUUGUAUUUAAAGGGUUAUUAUCCCGUAAAAUAUUAAUAAAUAAUAAAUAUUGACCAUUUUUUUUAUUUUUUGCUGCUCAACUCCAAAAAUGUAUGGCCUUAAAAAUGUUUUUUUCAAAUUAUCCAGCCAUUAUUGCCAACAAAGUAGAUAACAUAUAUUUUUACCAUCUAUGCUAUUGAUGGAGUUGGUGAGCAGUUAUUUCUAAAAAAAAAACAAUAACUCACGAGAGAAAAUAAAUUUUAUAUUGUUUUAUAACGUCUUUCAAAAUAGCUAUUGAACUAUUGGUUUUAUCAAAAACACGCCAAUAAAAAUUUCGUAAAUGAUAACCAUAAUAUUACAAUGUCUUUGAUAUCUUUGAUGAUAACAUAAAUUUAUUCGUUAUGAAGCAUCGGCACAAAUUUAUAGUGAACUAUUAUGGUACAGUUAUUCAUACUAAAAAUUCGUCGGUACUAACUGAUGUAAAUUUCCCUUUGAAAAUCAAACCGGUGUGAAGUUGAGAAACUUUUUGGAGUAACCGGUGUUAAAAUUAAUGACACCAGUUUAAUUUUUCUGCACCAUCACGUGCAUAUGGUGCAAACAAUUUACAAAGGUUUCAUCCCCUCCCUUUUUCCUCUCGAAAUAAUCGAACAGAUAAAAAUAAUAAUUUAAUUGAUAACAAUUAGUUUUAAUGCCUAUGAUAUCGAGAAUUCAAUAAAAUUACCUAUACUUAUAGUAUAUAUUAUAUAUCUACCUAUAUUUGUUUUUUUAUAACAAAAUUAAUACUAUACUCUAAUAUUUAAUUUAUAUUAUUAUUGUUAAUUUUGGAUGAUGGUGGGGAUACACUGAUUUCCAUCGUCGAAUAUCUGUGGUUGGUGUAAAAUAAUCAGUAUCAAGUCUUAGUAAACCAGUACUGAAUGUAUAUCAAAUUGUUCCAACGAAUUUCUAGAUAGUAACUAAUGGUGACGAAGGUAUUCGUUUAUAAACUUAACCACUCCUGUUACUCUACUUAUGACCACAAGUAACUGUAUAGUGUAUAUUAAUAUAUUAUUAUCCAAAUAACCAAAUACUUUCGUUAUCGAAUGCGUGAAAUGUGUAAUAAUAAGACACCGCCCAUGUAACAACUUGCUCAAAGAUUGAACGAUAAAAUAUAAACAGUCUGAGCAUUUGGCAAGAAUCGACCGUAUAUCUACAUUAAUUGUGUAAUUCUUAUAAUCGAAGCAUUGUAAGUUAUUAACGGAGUAGCUUUUUCAUCAAAUUAAUUAGAUAUCUCAUCUAAUCGUCCAUCCUCUACGAUAUCAUUAAUAUUAAGGAACUGCCGGUAUGUACUCAAUAGACAACCAUUCAAAAACAUGAUAUUAUAAUUUUGUUUUUAUAUUAAUUGUAUAAAUUAAAAUUGUAUUAGUCUUCUCUCGUGGCAUUAAAUUCUUAUCCUUUCAUUUCCAUUGUUUCCUAUCUCGUACUUCAAAUCCGUUCGAUUUCAUCUGGGUUCCUAGCCAUUCAGGUAUCCUAGGGAACAAAAUAGCGGACCAGUUUGUUACGUCAUGUUCCUAUUCCUUCUUCAAUUAACAUCCCAUAUUUCUCCAGCCCUUAAGACUAAUGCUUCCAGGUCCUGGAAUCGUGAAUGGGUAAAUUUACCUCAACCUUUGCCACCUCUUUUCGUGUUGUCUACCCUUCUAUCCCUCCCUUCUCAUGGUUUCACAAAAUUCCCAUUACUCGUUUUACCAUUGUUUUUAUUUCUCGUUAAAAUUAAAUCAUAACCACCCAUCUCUCAAUGAUUCUCCUUUUUGUUUUCGUUAUGACGGCUUCGAUAUUUGUAACACUUCCCAUCUCACCUUCAAUAGUUCUACCCUUUCCAAUAAGAGUCAUCUCUCUUCUUUAUGUUCUUCUAAUGAUAUUCCUUUUUCUCUCCUUCAUAUUUUCCAAGGUUCCCUUAUUUAUUGAAUAAUUAAUUUCUUUUUCUCUGAAGGCUUUUUUUUAUACUUGUUUUUAUUAUUUUGUAAUGUCAUUUUUAUAAUCACUGAGGUAUAUAUGUUUAUUACAACAAUUAAUAAAAAUAAAAUUGACUAUCGCUACCUUUUCCCAUCUGUAAAAUAUUAUUUACAGAUUAUUAAUUUCCUCAUGGACAUAUAGGUAUAUUAUUUUGAUUAUGUUGAUAUAGGUAAAACAGCUGCAACGACAGGAGGUAGUAGUUCACGAUUUUCCAAGUUGGUAGGUGGUGGUGAUGCAUUAUAUAUAAUGGGAACUAUUCAAUCACCAGUCCAUAUACCUGAUUCUGAACAAAUAACAAUUGUUGUGCGCAGUGUAACCAGUAAUGGCCCCUUGGCAGUAGAUGUUGAAUGGUGUAUAGACACCGAUGAUGAACCCUAUGGAUACCAGUGUGUGGUAGCAUCUCCGAAAAAGGAAUCUAAACUCAAGGGGCUGAAGUCAUUUAUUGCGUACCAAAUUACACCCACGGUUGGUUAAUAAUUUUUUAUAAAUCAUAUUUUUAUAUUUUAUCUUAAUUUUUAAGAAUAUAAAUUUUGUUUUUGUACAUUUUUUCACAAUUGUGUUUUAUUAAUAUUAAGUAUAUUAUUUUAAUACAAGACAAAUAUUUAAUUUUACACCAGCAAUUUAUUUAUUUAUUAGAAUUUCUACUUUAGAUAAGUUAUUUUGUGUAGAUGUAUAGUAACAAAUAUGACAUAACAGUGUUUUUAACAUUUAAACAAUGGGGUUGACUGUAAAAACCACCUAAUAACUUUGUUAUCCACUCUUCAAAUAUAAAACCAAAUUUUGUAUAAAUAAGAAAAAUUACAUAGUGGGUUAAUUCCCAGUGUUAAAUUUUAUUUAUGAAAUAUUAUAUUUAUUAUAUAGAUAAUGUAAAUAUAUUUUUUUGGUUUGUAUAUGUUGCAGUUUAACAAUAUUCAAGUAUCUAGGAGAUACAAACACUUUGAUUGGUUGCACGAAAGAUUAUUGGAAAAAUAUUGCUGUUUAAUACCGAUACCACCAUUACCGGAUAAACAGAUAUCAGGUAGAUGCAAUAGCAAUAAUUAUGCUACUCUGAUUUAUAAAUUAUAGUUCUAAAAAUUAGUGUUAUAGUGAGUAGUGUAAAAUUAGUGAGUAAUAUCAAAUAAUUAAUAAGUAAAAAAAAUGUUUAUGCAUAUUCAGGCCGGUAUGAAGAACAUUUCAUUGAACGCCGAAAACAACAGUUACAAGCAUUUGUAGACGCUGUUUGUCGACAUCCUGUGCUAUCACGUGGUUGGGUAUGGCGACAACACUUUAUCACAUGUACAGAUGAGAAACGUUGGAAAUCAGGUAAGCGAAAGGCUGAAUCGCGAAAUACAAGUGCCGAAACUCUUGCUGGGGCAAACAUAUUUUUUGCCAUUCAGGCUGUCUCUGCGGAAUCCAGUGAUCAAGCUCCUGCUCUCAUUAACCAAGCUUUGUUGUAUGUUUCUGUUUUAUUCCUACAAUUAAUAGCAACUGUACUACAAUAUAGAAUGAUAUUAAAUUUGUAUUUAUUCUAUGGCUUUCAAAGGGAUCGUGAAGUGGAUGGAUUUCAGAAAUUUGUGGCUGGACUAGAUGGAGCGCUUAAAAACAUGGCUCAGACAGUGGCAGAACAAUCAAAACGGGUGCAAACAUGCUACAAACGGGAUGCUCAAAGAUUAGGCCAAUCAUUUUACAUGCUGGGUCAUGCUUAUAGUGGUAAGAAAUCUUAUAAUAUGGUAGCUAUCCACUGCGCGUGAUGAAUGGCACCUGGCAUUUUAAAUCGAAUAUUAUUAGGAAGUUUUUCACCCUGAAAAAUUACUGUUAAUUCUAGUAACUCUCGGUAAUCAUCUCUUGGGUGAUUUUCUAAUAGUUGAUCUCUAGAAAAUUUGAUAAUAUCAUCACAUACGUCAUUUACAGAAUCCAUUAUAAUACUAUUUUGUAUGCCAGGAUUAUAAUUUUUAGUAUUUAUUGUUCCCCAGGCAUGUUGGAACCUUUUAAAAAUGGCCACGUCUGGGCCCGAUAUCGCCCUANUUAGGAAGUUUUCCACCCUGAAAAAUUACUGUUAAUUCUAGUAACUCUCGGUAAUCAUCUCUUGGGUGAUUUUCUAAAAGUUGAUCUCUAGAAAAUUUGAUAAUAUCAUUACAUACGUUAUUUACAGAAUCCAUUAUAAUACUAUUUUGUAUGCCAGGAUUAUAAUUUGUAUUAUUUAUUGUUCCCCAGGCAUGUUGGAACCUUUUAAAAAUUAAUAUUAUACUAAAAACAUACACAAAACUUCAAGUUCAUCAUGGGCACGAUAUUUUCUUUUAUUUGUCGCUUGUUUGCUAUCUUCUAUGAUUUUUUCUUUUUUUAUCAUUUUUUGAUCAAUACCAAGCAACGACCCAGGUCGACCUUUCUGUCUCUGGGCUAUUAUAAAUACUUUGUCAUUCUCAAUAGACAGUAAAUCUAAUGCAUUUGCACUCGCUACGUCGAAUAAAUCAUCUAAAUUUGAUAGAAACUGCGUAUUUUUUUCCAUUUGCGUUGCACUUUUUCUAUAUUCUAAUUUUUGUAAAUUUCUCCACUCUUUGUAUAAACCUUCCAGCUUGUUCACACACUUUUGUUCUGUUCUCGUUGGUAUGCGUGCCUUCCGUCAAAAAAUGAUUGCUUUUUGUAUCACUAAUGUAGCACUUUGAUGCAUAUUUAAGUUUAAUUUACGCAUAUUAAAAAAUAGUACCGACAAAAAUUGUUUGUUUGAUUGUAAUUUACUACCAACAAUUUGAUUUGUACUAUAUCCAAUUAAAAAAAUAUAUUUCGACUCACGUAAACUAUCCCUGGUAACCAUUGUAAGUCACUAAAAUAAAAUGUAUGACGNGUAGAGAAUAAAGAAUGUAGAUAAUAUAUUAUUUGAUUGUCUGAGUCAUAAAAAUAAUCUUUAGGUAAUAAUCGCAAAAUAUGGGUACUGGGUAAAGUGCAUAUUAUUUAUUUGUGCAAUCGACCCAUACCCGAUAAUGAUUAUGAUUUUUUUUUUUUGACCUUUUAGUUCAAAUAUUUAAAAAAACUUUAAAUUUAUAAUAUUAAUUAUAAAAAACAAACUAUUGUAAAUUUAGUUUUCUAUAAUUUAUAAUCUAAAGAAUUUAUGGUGAGAUUCUUUUCUCUAGAGUUUUGUUGGUUUUAUAACAAAAACUUAACGAUUUUGAAAAAUUUUUCUAUAUUUGUAACUUCAGAGCUGUUGUGGCACGGGUUAAAUUUAUUUGAUUUGUCUAAAACUUUAUUUCUAUCAUUAUUUUUAGUAAUGGAACUUAUUAAGGGGGAAGUAAUUUGAAAAAUUUGGUUAUUUUUUUUUCAUACAUAAUAGAGGACCACCCUAAUAUAUAUAUAAAAUACCACAUUAAACCAAUUUUUUUUUACCACUAAGUAAAACUAUAAUGAAUCUCCUAUUAAAUUUUCAAGCAUUUAUGUAUAGUUUAACAAUUUUAUCCACAAAGUAUCUACCAAAUCAAAAUACUUGCUAAAUUAACAUAUUAUAUAUAAAAUAGCUCAGAUUCAACUCAAAUAUUUUUAAAAUUUUACCUCAAAAUUUAAAAUCUCAACGAAUAUUUUUAAUUGAAUUAAAAUAAAGAAACAUUAUUGAAAAUCAUAAAACCAUUAUUUUCAAGAAGUUUUCUGUUCUUUCUAAAUUUGUUUUGAUUUAGCUCAAUUAUUAUAAAAACUUUAGAACAAAUCAAAAAAUAUAAAAUGCUUACUCACCAAUUAGAUUAUAAAUACACCAAAAGAUCACUUUGCAUUUUUCGAUUAAAGCAAUUUUUCUGGUAGAAAAUAUAGUUUCCAAAACUUAAAAACAAUGAAAUUGGUUUUGCAGUAGUUUGCUGUAAAUAUUUGUUGUUUUACAUAUAUUUAUGUUUUGCUGAUAUUUUCCAAUUAUUUUAAAAACCCAUUUCAAAAUCAAAAAAUGAUUUCUCUAAUGCACCAACUAGAUAAAAUUGACUUUCAGAAAAGUUGAUACACUUGAUUAAAUGUACUUCUCAAAAAGUUAUUUACAUUCAGAAGAAAUAAAACCAAUAGAUUCUCAACUUUGGGAAUUUAUAAAAAAAAAAAUUAAAUAAGAUAAGAAAAUAAAUUUAAUUAUAUGCAGAUAUUUAUGUAUCAGAUAUAUACAGAUAAUAUUCAAUUAUAAUAAGACAUGCUGCAUAUUAUUUUAAAAUUGAUUAAAUGUAAGACUGAAGACAUAAACUUUUUAUAUGCCAUAUCACCUAUUUCGUUGGUAAUUUUCUUAUUUCCUAAUCUUUAUUUGUUUUGUUAUUUUGUAGGUUCAUCAUCUUCUUCAAUUGGAGACAUUAGUGGUAAUGGUAAUGCAAUUAGUCAAACUACUCGGCAAUUAAUGAGUGCAUUAAAAAAGACUGGUGAUGUAUUCAAUGAGAUGGGUGGCCGGUUAAUGGACGAGCUGCCUGCUGCUGGUUGGGACUCCUUUGCUGAUAUGCUGCAUGUAUACCGAGGUGUUGCAUCAGCUUUCCCUGACAUACUGGCUGUGCAUAAGGUUAUAUAUUCAUUCAAUAAGUUUUCCAGUAUCAUAUAUAAUAAUGAUAAUUAGUUGUUUAACCUAUAGAAUUGAUAUAAAUGUGUUAUUUUUAUAAUUUCACUAUUUAUUUAUUACCAGCAUGACGAUCAAAUUAAUAUAAUUAAUAAUACAAAUUACCACUUAUUUUAUUACCUAACAUUAUUCCCCUUAAUUUUGAAUUAGUAUUUAUUAGCAUUAUGCACAUGUUCUUUAAUUAUAGUUUGUAAUAAUUGCACAUAAAAAUUAAUUUCUUUCUGUAACAGAGCGCAGUGCAAAAACGUAAAGAUUGUGAACGACAGUAUUCAGAUGGUGUGCCAAUUGGAGUUGGUAGUGAAGUAACAGGAGGUUCAGGAGCUUCAUCUGGUGGAUCUAGCAGUGGAGGUACGACCACAGUAGCAGAUCCAGAACAACAGUGGCGGCUAUUGCGUGAGGUUCAACGCCGGACUGACUUAGUGUCCUAUGCUUUGUUGGCUGAGAUCAAUCAUUUUCACCGGGACCAUGUACUUGGUCAAAUGGCUGGUCAUUGUCGUCAGUUAUUACGUAAUCAGAUUGAAUUUUACAGAAAAGUAAGUGAUCACUUGCCUGUAUAGUUAUUAAAAAAGUUUGUUGAGAAAUGUGAGAUAUAAUAGUAUACUAGUAGACCGCAAACAAUUCAUAACAAACAAAUAUGUAAACAAAAAUAAUUAAAUAGCUUUUUUUUUUUCUGUAUAAUGUAGGAAACUAGAAAUUGGUAACAAAAGUAAUUCAAUUUUCAUAUUCAAAUGUCACCCGUUUAAAAAUUUUAAAUUACAUAAUUUGCAAUUAAUGUUUAAUUUUAAAAGCCGUGGAUAGAAACUACUUCCACUUUAAUAUGCUUAAUAAUUUUAACCUUGUUAUAAUAGUUUUUUGUUUUUAAAUUAAUUUUUUGUCAGAAUACAUUUUUGUUACUUUAAAAACCCAAUUAAAUUGUAACAUACAAGUAUCCUCACUUUGUAUGAUUAUGACAUUAGUACUUUUAUUAAUAAUUAGGGACUAAAUUAAUAUGCAUUUAAAAUCCACAUAAAAAGCUGUUAAAAUUGUCAAAAAAGUCCCAUAAAAAUAUUAAAAAACAAGUGAUUUAAAUUCUCUCCUCUAAUGUGUCUAAUCUUACUAAAUAAUAUUGUCUAAUGCUAAAAAAAUGGCUUGCACAAAAUAUUAUUAUUUUUAAAAUGUACAAUUUGGUUUGAAAAAAAAUGAUGACUUGUUAAUCGUUUUUGUAAUGUUAGAAAAUUAUUUUUAAUAAGUUAGAGCCAUUAUAGAUUUUAUACUCCUCUGCCAUUUUUGCUUUUUUUAAUAUUUUGAAUUUAUUUUUUUAGAGAUCUGUUUAUGCUUAUGUUUUAUUGUGGAUUUUAAUGCAUACUAAUCUGGUCCAUAUUAAUAACCAUUUUAAUCCUUUUUUUUUAAGUUAAAAAUUCUAUAAAGUUUGAUUAAUUUGUGUAGAUUGCUGAUAAUUUAGAAAACGUUUUACAACUGUAUCCUGAAGAUGGUAAUGAAGAAAUCCUUGCAGGAUCUGCUGCAGACCAUCAUUCCCAACAACCGCUAUAUAACCAAGGAGAACAUCAAUAUUAUGCUAAUUAG